AUGAUGAUACUCGUUAUUUUUCUUCUCUUUUGGAGUUUUCACAGUUUUAAAAUUUGUAUUCAUGGAGCUGAAACCGAUCUUUCAAUGUUAACUGCGAAUCAAGCUGAAGUAUGGCUUAAAGCAGUUUCUGAAAUAAACAACAAAAAUCAAGAACCACGUAUUGAAAUAGUUCAUUUGGAUCAUGGAAUCGAUAUUCCUUUAUAUGAUGAUCGAAAUAAUAUAACUUAUCAAAAUCGUCAUUUAUUUAAACAAAAUAUAAACAAAAAGGUUAAUUAUUAUCUAUUUGAAAAUCAACUUAAUCCUUCCAUCUCAUCAAAUACCUAUGAUCAAUGUCAUGGAACACUAUCUUCAAAACAUGUUCAACAAGAUCUAGCUGGCAUAUAUGUAUAUGCAGGUAAUCUAACCAGUUAUGGUCUUGGAAUAAUUAUUGUUGAAAUAAUAAAAUCAUUUCAAUGGUUUAAUGGUACACAAUCUUAUUUAUUUAAUAGUCAAACAAAUUUAAAGAAUGGUACAAAACUUUUACUUGGUUUUGAAACAAUUAUUUAUUAUAAUUCAAAUAGUGAUUUAAUAUUAUAUAAUGACAAAAUUAAUGAUAUUAUUCAACAUACGAAUAUAUCAAUUGAAAAAGAUAAUAAUAAUAAUCUUGAAACAUUUAUUCUAAUGGAAAAUUUAUCAUGUCAACGGCAUGAACGUAUUGUUGAUGACGCUUUACGUUCACUUAUUUUUGCUUGUACUAUUCAAGUUACAUUUAAGUGUCCACUUCAAAUUGGCUCAACUUGUUGGCUUGAAAAUAAAAAAAUAUCAAAUAUUCAUUUAAAUAUCAAUUCAUUUGCGUUCAUUAGUGACCGAACAAUAACUGUACGAAUUGACGUUUAG